AUGGCGGACGAACAAAUAUCCCCACACAGCAAACGGAACGACGAAGGUCCCAUCAGCAACGGGAGAACAAGUCACGAGAACUGCUUCAUCGCAAAAGACAUAGAAGAUAACAACCGUAUGAUGAGCAGUCUCACUUGUCACUUGGUAAAUAACCCAAAGGAAAAACUCAACACGCAUGAAAACAAUGGCAUUUUGAGUGACAAAAAAAAUGGGCACCUAUCUGAGAGAAAGGAUGCCCCCAGUAAGGCCAUCCCAGAGGUAAUAAGAAAAACAGUAAAUAUUAAUCACAAGGAUGAAACAGUAACAUAUGUAUACACCCUCGUCUGCUAUAAAAAUUAUAACAUUUUUUUUAUCUCGCCGAAUGGGAAAUUUGCUGUGUGGGUACAUUCUCACAAUGUCAUUAUGCCCUUCUCGGUGGAACAAGAAACGGAAAUCAUUUUUGGAGAAAGGAACUAUCCCUACUUGGAAAUGUUUUGUGCUCAGUUUAUGAAGGACCAUGCCGCUCGGAUGAAGUAUAAGUCGAUUAUGUUUGCCAUAUAUCUUCACAACAUGUGCUUCGAUGACACGAAAGCUUUAAAAGAAAUAUUUGCUGCGCUGAGUACUAUGGUUUAA